GCACGUUUUGUUCCCGUAAAGCAGAAGUCAACUCAUCGGCUACGCAAACAAAUUUGAAAAAUACUCGGACGGACGAGCAAAUACUCUACGCUGAAAAUGGACCUGAGUGCACAUGCCUACAAGUAUCGAUCUGUACAUACCGAGAUUUCGUUCAUUCCUCAGUUCGAGGUUUGGCUGCAGUACACUAAUUCUUUUAAGAGUUAGGAAGCGAAAGUGGCUAACUCUGAUAUCAAGAGUAAAAUGAGUUAAACCUAUCUCCUUGUUCUAUGGUCUGCCUCAGGGUUUUCAAUUUUCCCGUUAGGGUUGGAGAAGAUAAGUAUGAAGGUCCCAACAACUAGGGAUGUAUGCUAGUUGGUUGGAAUAAUGCUGCCUUAACACAUAAGCGCCCAAACAAACAAUGCUAUUUGAUAAGGCAAUAUGAAUGAUUCCCACCCCACUCCCUCUCGUAUUUACUUAUUGUUUUCUAUGAUGUGAUUACUAAUUUUGCAUGGAACUGCUAGACAAGGGAAGCUGCAUUAGGUGAAACUAACCUUAAUAUUUGGGCCCUUAAAUAAAUGUUCAGGGAGGGAGAAAGGAAACAAAAGGGAGAAAUGAAAGAUUAAGCAUUUGAUGGAAGAGAAAAAAAGGGUUGAUGAAAAUGAAGAAGAUAUGUCUGAAAGUUUAGAUGAUUGUCUCACCACUUAAAAGGAUGAGAAGGAAAUAAGAGACAGAACACGCCACUUAGAAGAGACAAAAGAAAACUUUGCUUCAAUUGUCCUUUCAAAGUAAACCUUAAUUUAAAAAGCAAAUUAGAAAUUGGUUAAUGAGCUAUUAGUGUAUUAAUGAGCACACCCUUAGUCCUGUAUACUACACCUUAAGUUUGGUUGAAGUACAAACCAAAAGAACAUAUAGGUUAUUUGGCUUAGAUUUUCUAUAAUUGUUGGCUUCAUUAGCUCUUAUAGUCCUUCAUAUGGUACAAGCAGAAGCAGCAGCUGCUGCCUCUCAGAUGCAGCUUCUGACUGAGUCAUGCAGUGGUACGUACAGUUGGAUCAGGUGGUUGCAUAUCCAUUUGCUGGUUAUGCUGGUAUUCUCAGUGCAAGCAGUCCUAAGUGGCAAGAUCAUCAAGUUUUUACCUGGAUAUGAUGGUGAACUUCCUUUCAAACUCGAGACAGGAUACAUUAGCGUUGACAAUUCAGAGUUGUUCUACUAUUUCGUUGAGUCAGAAGGGAACCCUCAAGAGGACCCUCUCUUUCUUUGGCUAACGGGUGGUCCUGGCUGUAGUUCUUUCAGUGGACUCAUUUAUGAAGCAGGUCCAAUGGAGUUUGACUUUGAAAACUAUACUGGAGGGUUACCGAAAUUGAAAUAUUACCCCUAUACAUGGACGAAGGCUGCUAGCAUGAUAUUUCUUGAUUCACCUGUGGGCACUGGUUUCUCCUAUGCAAGAAACCCAGAAGGUUGGCUUUCAUCGGACACAAAAUCAGCUGAACAUUCCUACCAGUUCCUCAGGAAGUGGAUAAUUGAACACCCACAAUUUCUCUCUGUCCGACUAUUUAUCGCCGGUGAUUCUUAUGCUGGCAUUCUGAUUCCAUUGAUCACUAAGAAGAUAAUAGAUGGUAACAAAGACAAAGACAAACUGUAUCUGAAUAUCAAGGGGUAUUUGAUUGGGAGCCCAGUGACUGAUUCAAGUAUUGAUACGAACUCAAGAGUUCAAUUUGCUCAUGGGAUGGCACUAAUAUCGGAUGAGAUCUAUGAGAAUGCAAGAAGAAGUUGCAAAGAGAACUAUGUUAAUGUAGAUCCAGAAAAUGCUGCAUGUUCAGCAGCCCUUGGUGAUAUCCAGAUGUGCGUGAAAGAUCUGUUUGACGGUGAUAUCUUGAAACCAAACUGUGAUUUAUUUUCCCCCGAAAUUGGAGAAAACCCGGAUCGAAGAUCUCUUGAAGAAGGCGCAUCAAAGUUCCUACAGUCACAAUCAAUGAAUCCGAGAGCUUGGUGCACUGAUUUCGUGCUUCAACAUAGUUCCAUUUGGCAAAACGAUGAUAGUGUUCAAGAGGCAUUACAUGUUCGAAAGGGAACUAUUCCGCAUUGGAAGAGAUGCAACAACAGCAUAUUAUAUACUAUAGAUGUCGUGAGUGUUGUCUCUGUUCAUAAAGAACUCAGUAGAUCGGCCCUGGAAGUACUUGUAGAGAGUGGUGAUCACGACAUGAUAGUCCCGUACAUGGGUACGUUAAAAUGGAUAAAGUCUCUCAACUUGACCCUCGUCGACAAUUGGAGGCCAUGGUUUAUCGAUCAUCAAGUUGCCGGAUACACGAUGAAGUAUUCAGAUCAUGGAUAUCGUUUGACUUUUGCAACUGUGAAGGGCGCAGGCCACCCAGCGCCACAAUUCUAUCGCAGGGAGUGUUAUUAUUUGUUCGACAGAUGGGUUAAUUACAAUCCUAAUUAGCUAGCCACUAGCACCUUCAAGUUUGAAAUUCCAUUUUCUACCGCAUAUUGAAGGCUUUGAAUGGUUAAUGUGUUUGAAACGAAGACGUAUUAUAAGCAUGAUGUGUAAUGGCCCGCAUAUUUUGUACCUCUUUGAGAUCCUAUUUAAAGCUGGAGCUUUGUGCACUGAUAUUAUCCUAUACCUUGUGAAAACUGGAAUCUUGGUGUAAUGCAGUUUAAUAUCCAAGAUUUUUGCGUUACCA